UUCGCGCGUGUUCUUCAUAAUGCCCGUAAACGUUUCCGACGUCGGCACGAACGCGCGAGCAUCAUGCGUGUAGGUCCUUGACUUUGACACGCGCGUGAUAAGAUCGACGCGCGCGCGUCGCCGGCGUGAGUCCGACAAAGCCGCCGAUGAUCACUAUCGUUUACCCGGCAACGGGAGGUACGAACAAGAGAGACAGACAAGGAAAGGAGAGAGAAAGAAAGAGAAAGUCGUCGCAGGUAGACGCGAGUGAGUAAGUAACGAGGAGCGGAAGACUUCCCGGUCGCUCCGAAAUCCCAUCAGCGUCGGUUUCCGGUUAACCCGGCUGCUCCUUGCUCCCUCCCCGCAGAACAAUACGAUGAAUUGAGGGGGGAUAUAAGUAUAAUGUAACGAAUUCAUCAGCGGGUAUCGUUCAAGUUGAGAGCUCAGCGAUUCUCUCAACGCAGAAUCAACGUAUCAACGUCCCAUUGUCGAUAUCCUUUUCUCCCUGCAGAAUCCAGGGUAUGUGUGCGCGUGUGUGUGUUACUCUACUGUGGCUAUUCAGCAAUCGCCGUGAUCACCGUAAUUUUUACAACGGGAAGUGAUAUGUUCGCGCAGCGACGUUCGCGAUCGUGAAGGGACCCCGUUAGCGACGGGCGAGAGUGGAGGGCGACGGGUGGCGGCGACGGCGGCGGCGGUGGUGGUGGUGGCGGCAGCGGUCGCGGCACAAGGGGGAGGCCUUCCGCCCCCUACGCGAGCCAGACGCCGGUAAUGAGUGUUUACGCUGCGAGCACGCCGACAGCGAGCACCGCGAUAUCGCCGGCGAUUAAUACGACGGAAACAACGGCAUCGACGGCAACGAAGCCAACGACGACGACGUCGCCGAUAGCAACAACGACGACGACGACGACGAUAGCUACAGAGACUACGUCAACGACGACAACGACGACGACGACGACGACGACGACGACGACGACGACGACGUCGGCGGUGGCGGCGGUGGCGGUGACGGCAACGGCGGCGGCAGCGACGACAACAACGAAUACGACGACAGCGGCGACGGCACCGGUUACGACGACGGCCACGUCGUCCACGGCGACCGCCGCGUCGCCGGAAGCAGCGACCGGCUGGAUCGAGUUCUGCGAGAGACACGCCCGCGCCUCGGCCUCCGACUUCGCCAAAGCAUUCUGCGCCUACGUUAGCCUGAACCUGCCCGAGAGCGCCCGCGCCAAUCUCUCGCACCGCGACUUCUUACGCAAGUUCGUCGAGAGCUUCUGCGAGCACUUCGAGAGCGAGUAUCUGCGCCAAAACGUGAGAUCGCUAUCAUUGCAUGAUACUAGAAGUGUAGUGUCCAAUGAAAGAGACAUAAACCUUGCAAGCCAAAAUACCAAUGCACCAAUUCGUGCGUCAUCGCAUGAGGAAUUCAGUGACUAUUCUGAACAUGAGGGAGAGGCAGUGUCGCCAAAGCCUGCUCACAAACCCUUCUUCCGCAGAUUAUCUUUUAAAGGACUUAAAAAAGGCAAGAGUUUCUUCCACAAGCAGCAGAGCGAUGAAGUUGAGUUGUCCCACAGCGAACACCGCAAGGAUAAGCACUCCAAGGCCAAGCUAUCGAAGAUCGUGGUGGAAUGUCGUAAAGAGGGAAUCGUUAAUUCUUUGAUGGGGGAGAACAUAGAUGGGACGCAGAAAUGGGAAAAGUCACGGCUAGCUUUGAUAAAGGCCAUCGGUGGUUACAUGUUGGAGUUCUAUUCCCCCCCGAAGGCCGUGAAACCACGAAGUGGCGUUUUUUGCUCGGCGAUUACGGAAGCGAGGGAGACCACGGCGCUCGAAAUGCCGGACCACGAGAACACGUUCGUCCUGAAGACCCAAAACAUGGAGUUUGUCAUCGAGGCGCACGACUCGAAUGACAUGAAAUCGUGGUUGGCGACGAUUAGAUACUGCAUGCGAACAGUGCAGCAGAGUUCCAGUAUCCCUGGCUCUGGACCGAGUGAUUCUUUAGGAGAUUCUCUGGGCCACGGUUCGUUGGCUAUUGGAUCCGACAAUGAUCGAUUACGAGCCAACUCGGCGAGUAAGAGUUUCCGAUCCGCUAGUCAUGAACAUGGCGAUGACUCGCAAGGCAAUCCACCAGAAUUACCUCCGAGACUCCACAUGCGCAGCAGUAGCAAUCUAGAAUUAUGUUCCUCUCAGCAAGAAAUCGAGCAAAUGCCUGCUAAUGAGGGAGAGCUGGAUUUAUCGAGUAGUUUACGAGAAUAUCCGUGGUUUCACGGCACCCUUCCUCGCUCGGAUGCCGCGCAGCUUGUAUUGCAUAGUGCAGCUAAUGGUCAUGGUGUAUUCUUAGUUCGGCAAAGCGAGACUAGAAAAGGCGAAUUUGUGUUAACUUUUAAUUUCCAAGGAAGAGCAAAACAUUUACGGAUGACGUUAAAUGAUCAAGGUCAUUGCCGAGUUCAACAUCUAUGCUUUCCUGCGAUAUACGAUAUGCUUGAACACUUUCGCCAAAAUGCGAUACCACUCGAAUCUGGCGGGACUGCGGAUGUUACUUUAACAGAAUACGUAGUGGCGACGAAUCACGCAACGCGAUCGGGACACCAUAACGUAGCGGGUAGUUCGAACGUGCAACAGUCGCAAGACAGGAGACCUCCAGCAGCUCUGGAGCCCAGAGAAGUAAGAGUCUGCAGUGGAAGUCUAACUCCUCUUGUGUGAGCGCGAGUGGCCAACACCCACAGUCUGAAGUCUAAUCUACAGACAGUACGCACUUAUGGUGGUUCUAUAAGAACGCGCGUGGAAUCGUUGGAGAGACUAGAGCAACAGAGCACCAUUGCAGAACAACAGGGCUCAGCUUCAUCCACCGGCAGAGCAGUUCAGAAUACUUAUAGUUUUCUCUGACGCUGGAUUCACGCUAAUCCGCCAUCAGGCUACAAUCCGGUCAGUCCGACGGACUGAACGAUAUGAUGAAGUAACCGCAGUUUUUGUCUCCAGAGAAUUGCGUCAAGCCAUAAGCCACGACAAAAAGCGCAUCUCUUUACUAGUACAAACGAAUUGCAUUUUUCUUUUUUGGAAUAACUAUCUUCCAAUCAUUGACUCUUGCGUUUAGCAUUCGAUAUUAUACCUUUAUGAUUUAUUAGCAACAUGUUUGCGUAUCGUAUUUACAUCGAAGAAAUAGAAUAGUCUGCCAACAAAACGAGUCUUAGUUAGCAAUAAUAUCAUUUCAUAACGUCAUGCUCAAUUCCCACUCCUAAUGACGCCGCAGCAUUCCACGGAGCUCCCUUUCACAAGUUUCGCAUGUAUCUGUGACUCGUCUUUUCAUCGAGACCAAACUAAUAGUCUCCUCGUAUAUUUUUAUUGAAAGAACAGAUAUAUUUUAAUGAAAGGUCCCCUGAGUCGUCGAUUACACAUCGCUUAAUCAAUACAUGUAACAUUGUGCGUAAACGUAUGUAUGUAAUUGGGGUAUGAUAGUCUCCGAAAUCGCAAAUUAUGGACUGCCAGUAUAUGCAAUCUCCCCCCCCCCCUUCUCCUAUUUACGUCUUCGGAUCAUCCCGAAGACUUGACAAGUGCGCCAAAGCUAAAGCUAAAAUACUAUUAAAUCCCGCUUCGUCUCAUGAGUACAAUUUAUUAUACAAAAUCGCAUUUCAAUCGCAUUGUCAUUAAUCCCAAUGCUUCGUAGGGCGAAUAAAUGUAACAGACGUGCCCUAUAAUCAUCGAUAACCAUAAAACGAGCUGCGAUAUUUAUAAAUUAUUCCUAGUCCUCGUCAGUGUAAAGAUCAAUGUAUAAAUUCCCCCAUUUGUCAAGUAAAUAACACGAAGAGAGAGAAAAGAGGAGGAUACAAUUAUGCUAUCAUCCGGGAUAAACGGAAAGGACAAUGCGUUUCACGCUACAGUAAGUAUGAUCCCAUGUAUCCCUACAGAAAUAGCAAAAAUCGUAUUCGAUAAGCGUAUCGAGAAGUGUAUUAACAAAUUGUGUAACGACUAAGGAUUAUCACUAACACCAUAGAGCAAUAUGACUGAGUGUGCAAAAAUUAAACUAUAGACAAAUGUAUGGAUGAAUGGUACACGUAUGAUAGAAGAGCGAUGAUCGACGGAGUUGAUCCGAUUUGUGAAAUGCAGAGCAGGCAUUCUCAGUACGAGCCGAACUGAUUACUGUGAUAAGAUCUUUCAUUCGCACAAGGCAUCCAAUAAAUCCCGCCGCCGUCCGUGCCAGUCUACGUUCUCUCGUUCGUGAGAACAAUCAUAGAGACAACAGGGACAAAUUUAUCACACAUUUGUACAUUUCACUCGCUACUCACCAUCUCGAAAGUUGUAAGAAUAGAAUUUCCAUCACGCGGUCCCGAAGCAGGAAAAGAAAAAAAUUAUGUAGGAAAAGUUAUAGUCGAUCUGGAAAAAUCUGUAUCGCCAAUUCAUCCUUUAGCCGAAAUGCUUGCAAAAUCAUGCUGUAAGUAGGAUAUGUAAGCUUGUUCCUCGCGUAGCCGCAGUUGAAAAGACAGUCCUGAGGUAUACAGAGUUUGACACAACUACUAGGCAUUCAACCGUAAUACUUUUCUACCUUAUGUCAAGAUGCAAGGAUGAAAAUAAAACCUGAAUCCCCUGAGAA